GGCAACCUGCAGGCUGUGCAGCUGAAUGGCGCAUCAUGUAAAUAUUGGGAGCAGGCUGCAUUGUCGGCGACCUCGCGGCUCUUCGUUCGGGGUUCUCGACGUCCGAAUUCGCAGCGCCCAUAAGAAGGCGUCCUUUGGUCUCGUUCUGGUGGUCCAACCGACUUCGAUCGUUGCAGUACUCCCACCCAAGAACCAAGAUGUUGAACCGAAGGAGCAUCUCGGCCCUGCUCGCUGGGGCCGCUGUGACCUCAGCCUGCACUAUCCCGACCGAGAGCCUCCCCAACAACAUUGCCUACCCUUUUCGUGCCCAGGUUCAGAAUGCCUCCCGGCCCGAGGUGCAUAACAAGUACAUGAACCUGCUUGAGGCCGGAGGCGGCGACCGUCAUCUGUUCAUCGGCCCUGUCGGCGUGCCAACAUUCGACCUGACACUGGUUGACGGUGUCAUCAACCACGUCCCCAAUGGCGUCCGCGCCGUGAUAGGCGGCGAGUUCUCCGAGAUCGACCACACCACCAAACUGUUCAUGACGGGCCGUGGUGACCCCCGAGCCAUCUUUCAGCCCACCUACGCCUGCAACCCCGACACGGACGAGCUUCAGAUCGAGCUGCAGUUCGUCACUUGGCAGAACCAGCCCGCCGGCGGCCACAUAUGCGUUCGCCACGCCUUUGACGGCAGCCACGAGUUCCGUUAUUCCCCCCCGGGUAACACGCUCAUCGACGUCAACCGCGAAUGCAUUAAAGUAACUCUCGUGGUCAUCCCCACGGACGGCCUGCCCCCGCAAAGCAGCACCACGCUCUCGACCUCCACCAUCCCCGCCACCUCGUCCGCGGCCUCCACCACCACCAGCACCACCUCCUCCACCGCCACCUCGACCCCUAACCCGAGCAGCCUCUUCACGGACAUGACGGCCCAGGGCUUUCGCUUCCUAGGCUGCGCCCCCGAGGAGCGGUGGACGAGCGACGGCGCGUUCCGGACGCUGUCGGGCGCGACCGAGUCGUCCGACGCCAUGACCAACGAGCGGUGCACGGCGUUUUGCACGGCGCGCGGGUUCAAGUACGCCGGCACCGAGUGGCGGCGCGAAUGCUGGUGCGGCAACUCGUUUGCCGAGACGCGCCGGCCCGCGACGACGCUCGCCAGCCUGGCGAAGUGCGACUACCGCUGCAUGGGGGACCAGGCGCAGUUUUGCGGGGGGGACGCGUGGUUGAGUUUGUAUGAGAAGUGCGAGGUUGGGGCGGCGUGUCAGAAUGUGGUUUUCACGUAGGCAGAAGUAUCCAAGGUACAGCAUGGGAGUGUCUUGGGAUUCCAGAGAUGGGAGCCGGAGCGGAAAAGGUACUGUACCUAAGGCGAUUGGCAGCAAGCACAUGCCAACCAUAUAUUUUAAUAGCAACUGAGGGUCAUUCAACCUAACUGCAUUCCCCGCUGUGGUCCUCUCUGACCCUGCAUGCGAAGCAACUGUACGGAUUACUAACAAUUGAUUGGGCAGAAAAAGCUCAGCAUGCCGGGGCACCAGGAGGCAUGCAAACAAACAGAAAAAUAUGCAUGCACGCAGAGAAGUAUGUACUGUAGCAAGCCAAAAGGG